CGGAAAGGCGGAGCCUGGGAGCUGUGUGCAGCGACAGCCCUGCCCGCGUAAGCCUCGCUCUCUCUCCCACAGAAGCAGAGCUUUCUUCGGUCUCUGUUGAUGACUUUACUUGUGCGCGGAGCGGAAGCGGCGGGGCUUCUCCAUAGCGCAGUCUCGGGCUGCCGGUUCACACGGAGGACAAACUAAGCGCAUAGUCGUGUGUCCGUAUGUUUGGCAUGUGAUAAAUAGUCUUGUGCAAAUAAGAAAAGGUAAUUGGCAAGUCGACCUGUAGCGGGGCUAAAGGAGCUCUGCGUCGGUCUCCCGCCGCGAAGUAGAUGGAGCGGCUGUGCGGAGCGGAGCUUCCCUUUUGGGAGGCCAAUCUGACGCUGCACUCGGACCGACCCGACCUCCCCCAGUGUUUUCAGCUCACUGUGCUGGCAUGGCUGCCCUGUAUCUACCUGUGGGCCGCGUCCCCCUUCUACCUUUUAUAUCUGCACAGGAACAGAAGAGGCUACAUCAUGAUGUCCAUAAAGAACAGAGUCAAAACGGCAUGUGGCUUGUUACUGUGGGUGAUAUGCUGGGCCGACCUCUUCUACACAUUCCAUCAGCGGGCACAAUACAGUCCACCUCCUGUUUUUUAUGUCACUCCACUGGUGCUUGGGAUGACCAUGCUGCUGGCCACCUUCCUGAUCCAGCUGGAGAGGCUCCGCGGGGUGCAGUCGUCAGGAGUGCUCUUUAUCUUCUGGUUCCUGUCCGUGCUGUGUGCCAUAGUGCCUUUUCGCUCCAAGAUCCUGCAGCUAUACAGCCAGAGUGAGGAGAAAAGCGAUGCGUUCAGGUUGACCACGUUCUACCUCUACUUUGUCCUGAUCCUGUGUGAGCUCAUCCUCUGCUGCUUCAAUGAGAGACCUCCACUCUUCUCCAGCGUGGUUACAGACCCCAAUCCCUGCCCCGAGAACACUGCAGGCUUUCUCUCUACAAUGACGUUUUGGUGGUUUACCAGUAUGGCGAUUAAGGGCUACAAAAAUCCGCUGGAAGCCAAAGAUCUGUGGUCUCUAAACCAGCGGGACAGCUCCAAAAGCAUGGUGCCCAAACUGCUCAAGGAGUGGGACAAGGAAUUAGCCAAAGUCAAAAGCAGUGUACCAAACGUGUCCACUCAAGCCACUUACUCCAAGCCUCCUUCAGCGAGCACCAAUCACGUGGGAGGAGCGGAGAGCAGCCCAGAGGAGGCCGAGGUGCUCCUGUCCGGGCACAAAGCAGCGCCCCAUCAGCCGUCUUUCCUCCGAGCGCUGGUCAGAGCCUUCGGACCCUACUUUUUAAUUGGUUCUGCUUUCAAGUUCCUGCAGGACACCAUCACCUUUGUCAACCCACAGCUUUUGAGCAUGCUGAUCUCGUUCACUAAACAGAAGGGUGUUCCAGACUGGUGGGGCUACGCUUUGGCAUUCCUCAUGUUCUUCACUGCAGUGCUCCAGACUCUUAUACUGCACCAGCACUUCCAGUACUGCUUUGUGACAGGCAUGAAUGUACGCACAGCCAUUGUCGGAGCGAUUUACAGGAAGUCUCUGGUCAUAACCAACGCAGCCAAGCGCUCGUCCACUGUGGGGGAAGUGGUCAACCUGAUGUCAGUGGACGCCCAGAGGUUUAUGGACCUCACCACGUUCCUCAACAUGCUGUGGUCUGCUCCUCUGCAGAUCAUGCUGGCUCUCUAUUUUCUUUGGCUGAAAUUGGGUCCGUCCGUGCUGGCUGGAGUGGCAGUUAUGAUCCUCCUAAUCCCACUCAACGCUUUCAUCGCUAUGAAAACCAGAGCCUACCAGGUGGAGCAGAUGCGCUACAAAGACGAGCGCAUUAAACUGAUGAACGAGAUCCUGAAUGGGAUUAAGGUCCUGAAACUGUACGCGUGGGAGAAGUCCUUCAUAGACAAAGUGUUAGCCAUCCGACAGAAGGAGCUCCAUGUGCUGCGCAAGACCGCCUUCCUGGGAGCACUGUCCACCAUGGCCUGGACCAGCGCUCCUUUCCUGGUUGCCUUGACGACGUUUGCCGUUUACGUGACGGUAGAUGAGAACAACGUAUUGGAUGCGGAGAAGGCCUUUGUGUCUCUGUCUCUCUUCAACAUCCUCCGGUUUCCUCUCAACAUGCUCCCCCAAGUCAUCAGCAGCAUGGUGCAGGCCAGCGUUUCACUGAAGAGGAUCCAGAAUUUCCUGAGUCAUGAUGAGCUGGAUCCAGAGUCUGUGGACAGAAAAGGAUCAGAGUUUGCUGCUACCAUCAUCAAUGGGAAAUUCACGUGGGACAAACAGGAUACACCAGUUUUGCACAACAUUAACAUGAUGGUGCCUCAGGGCUCUCUGCUGGCCGUGGUGGGUCAUGUGGGCUGUGGGAAGUCCUCGCUCAUCUCGGCUCUGCUCGGGGAGAUGGAGAAACUGGAGGGAGAGGUGUCUGUGCGGGGCUCCGUGGCCUAUGUCCCUCAGCAGGCCUGGAUCCAGAACGCCACCCUGAGGGACAACAUCCUGUUUGGGAAACCCUACCAAGAGGCCAAGUACCGCUGUGUACUGGAGGCCUGCGCUCUCACCCCUGACCUGGAAGUACUGCCUGGAGGAGACAUGACUGAAAUAGGAGAGAAGGGCAUUAACCUGUCUGGAGGGCAGAGGCAGAGGGUGAGCCUGGCACGGGCCCUGUACAGCGACGCAGACGUGUACCUGCUGGACGACCCUCUGUCUGCUGUAGACGCUCACGUGGCCAAACACAUCUUCGACCACCUCAUCGGACCAGAGGGGGCGCUCAAGGGCAAGACCCGUAUCCUGGUGACCCACGGCAUCAGCUUCCUGCCGCAGGUGGACAACAUCAUGGUGAUGGUGGAGGGGGGCGUGUCAGAGAUGGGUUCGUACCAGGAGCUGCUCAAACAGAACGGGGCCUUCGCCGAGUUCCUCCGCAACUACUCCCUGGAGGACAUCAUCGAGGAGGACGAGGCCACCGAGGAUAUACUAGAAGAGGAGGAACUGUUCCCUGAAGAUGCGCUCAGUAACCACACAGACAUUGUGGACAAUGAACCAACCAUCAAUGAAGCCAAGAGGAGCUUUUUACGGCAGAUCAGCAUCAUCUCAGCGGACAGUGAGGGCGCGCGGUGUCGAUCUGUGAGGAGACACACCUGUAGUCAGAAGAAGCACGGAGAGCCCCAGGAGAAGAAGAAACCUCAGGAGGUGGACAAACUCAUCCAAGCAGAGACCACAGAGACCGGCAAGGUGAAGGUGACCGUGUACUUGGAGUACGCCAAAGCGGUGGGCCUGGCACUAUCAGUGAUCAUCUGCCUGUUGUACGGCUGCCAGAGCGCCGCCGCCAUCGGAGCUAAUGUGUGGCUCAGCGACUGGACCAAUGACGCCAACACCAACCACACACAGGAGCGCGUCAACAUGAGGGUGGGGGUGUACGCCGCACUGGGCAUUGCACAAGGUUUGUUCUUGUUGGUAAACUGCCUGCUGUGUCGGGCCUACAGUAUGCUGCUCGCAGCCAAAAUCACACACCGCAAGCUGCUGUGCGGGGUCCUGCGAGCCCCUCAGACCUUCUUCGAAAGUACUCCCACUGGGCGGUUACUCAACCGCUUCAGCAAAGACGUGGAUGCUAUUGACUCUCACAUUCCAGAAAAUAUAGACAUAUGGAUGCGCACUUUCUGGUACACUCUGAAUGUGCUGCUCAUAUGCUGUGCCCUCACCCCAAUGUUCCUCCUAGUCAUAGUCCCGUUAACACUGCUCUAUUGGUGGGUUCAGAGGUUUUAUGUUGCAACAUCGCGACAGCUAAAGCGCUUGGAGUCGGUCAGCCGCUCUCCCAUUUACUCCCAUUUCUCGGAGACGGUGACGGGCUGUAGUGUAAUCCGGGCCUACGGCAGACAGUCUGCCUUUGUGCUGAUGAGCGAUACCAAAGUGGACGAGAAUCAAAAGAGUUACUACCCGGGUAUAGUGUCCAACAGGUGGUUGGGAGUGAGGAUUGAGUUCAUUGGGAAUUGCAUCGUACUGUUUGCUGCUCUGUUUGCGGUCGGUGGGAAGUCGAGCCUGAGCCCGGGUCUCGUGGGGCUGUCGGUGUCCUACGCCUUACAGGUAACCAUGUCCCUGAACUGGAUGGUGCGCAUGACCUCUGACCUGGAGAACAACAUUGUAGCAGUGGAGAGAGUGAAGGAGUACUCCGAAACUCAGACAGAGGCGCCGUGGGAGAUCGAAGACAAGAAGCCGCCUCCUGAUUGGCCGCCACACGGGAAUGUGCAGUUCAAAGAUUACAGCGUGAGAUACAGAGAGGGACUGGACCUGGUGCUCAAGAACCUCAGCCUGAGCGUCAAAGGAGGGGAGAAGAUUGGAAUAGUGGGUCGGACCGGAGCGGGGAAGUCCUCCAUGACCCUGUGCCUGUUCCGCCUGCUGGAGGCAGCAGGAGGAGAGAUCACCAUCGACGACGUGAAGAUUGCAGAGAUCGGCCUGCACGACCUGCGCUCCAAACUCACCAUCAUCCCUCAGGAGCCCGUGCUGUUCUCAGGGACUCUGCGCAUGAACCUGGACCCGUUUGACAGAUACAGCGACGAGGAGGUGUGGAAGGCUCUGGAACACGCUCACCUGCACAAGUUUGUGAGCAACCAGCCGGCUCAGCUGCUGCUGGAGUGUGCCGAGGGCGGGGAGAACCUCAGCGUGGGGCAGAGGCAGCUGGUGUGCCUGGCUCGUGCUCUCCUCAGGAAAACCCGCAUCCUGAUCCUGGACGAGGCCACGGCCGCCAUCGACCUGGAGACGGACGACCUGAUCCAGUCCACCAUCCGCACACAGUUUGACGAGUGCACAGUGUUCACCAUCGCGCACCGCCUCAACACUAUCAUGGACUACACCAGAGUGCUGGUGUUGGACAAGGGAAGAAUUGCAGAGUUUGACACUCCGUCAAAUCUCAUAUCUGAGAGAGGAAUCUUUUACGGCAUGGCCAAAGACGCUGGGCUGGCUCAGUAACACACCCUCCCCUCCCAACACAGGAGCAGACCAGGCCCUGGGCUAUGAGACUGGAACACCUUAUAUCAACUAAACUAAACCAAGUCACUAGAGCAGGUCGUCCUCUGGUCUCUGGCAGAACUGUCACCAUAUUUAAAGGGGAUCUUCCCCAUUUUUUCAUAUUAUUGAAUAAAAACAUGUACAGAUAUCUUAUAGAAUCAACUCUUAAGGUCAGACUUUAUGAGAGUGUUUUUGUUUGACUUUAUCUUUUGUAAAACAGGAAAUGAGACUGGUGCACAGUUUGCAUACUAGUUGUUUAUGAAGUUACCGUAUCGGCACAUUUACAGUUUACAGAUUUUAUACAGAUUUACAUUUUUUUUGUACCGUUUGGGAGCACAUUACCUAAUUCUAUCAAUACCUUUAUAUGUUGGGAGAUGAGCUGUUUUCAUCUUGCACAACACAUAUUUCUGAAUGAAGUAGAGUAAAUAUUGUGACAUGUCUAACCCUGGUUUCUCUUUGGAGUUACCAUAGAGACCUACCUCCACAGAAAGUGACCCAGUCUCCAAACCCAGGGCCCUGUACGUCCUCCUUUCUCCAGCUUGGACAUUACUCUGUCUGAACUCACUCUAGGAUUUCACACAUCAACCGCUGAGAGCCAAACCAGAGCAAGAGACACUGUGUGACACCGGGACAUACAAUAAAAGAACGGAUCAUUUUCCCCUCAUACUGAUUAAGCCACAUUUCCCUUCUAUUUUAUUUUUAAUUUUAAUAUUAAUUUCCUCACCAUAAACAACAAAAUGGUCACAUUUCAUUAUAUAAAGACUGAAAUGGACUUAAAACAACUGCAUUAUGGAUAUUAGUUAGUGCGUAGCUGGAUAGUCUCUGAGAUAAAUCUGAAUAUUUAAAUUUUUCCUAACAGCUCCAUAGGAGAGACUACUCCGAUAAAUACUCAUGUAUAAGUACAAAGGUAUUUAGGGGAAGUACUGCACAACAUCUGAUUUAUAAUUCUCAGUGAAAGGACAUUAGAGUCUGGUAUUGCAGUGAACACAAAUGUUCAAAUCAUUUCAUAUUGUCUGUGCAAAAUAUAACUCAAGUAGAAGUACAGUUACACUGUACAUUAUAUUACUAAAGGAGAGUAAAAGUAUAGUGUCUGAAAUUACUCUCAGAAGUACAAUUUUACUGAAGGUCCUAUGUUACACAAAACUGACUCUCGUGAGCUGUAAGUCGUCUUCUAAUGCUGUUACCUCCUCAAAAACUCACCUGGAGUUGUGUUUUGUUUCAUUCCUAUGUUUGUGUAAUCCUGUAUCAUUUGUCAGUCUACAUCUUUGUAGCUCAAAGCUCAAGCUCCGAAAAUUUUAAAAGUUACUCAAGUAAUAUGUAGCUAAGUAGUGUCCACCAGUGUGUAUCCCCUGUUUGAUCUCGCAGUGUCCCCUGCACUGUUUGGCUCGUCUCUGUGGUGUUGAGUGAGGACACAGUAUGAGUCGAGCGUGCCCCUUAGUGCCUUCUGCCAGUGUGAGGAAGUAAGCCAGAAUGUAUCACUGUCAAUGUCAACUCUUUAUGCUGAAACAUGAGACAAUCGCAACUUUUAUAUUUGAUGUUUUUCUACUCCAGAGAAUACUGUGCCACUGUACUACACUGAGCGUUUUGUGACAAGCCCACUUAUUUUUGUACUGUUAUUUAAGUUAAAGGAAUGUUUCUGCUAGACAAGUUUGCUCUGUGUUUUAUGUGUGAUUCUUUUGUGAAGCAGAUCUUUCAAAACUUGAAUUGUCAGCCACCAAAAUAUGAAAUAUGAUAAUAAUGCCUUUAUUAAAAAAAGAGUCUAUGA